CGUUUUGGCCAAUACGUAAACACAAACUUCCAUAACGGUUUUUCUAAGGCAAGAUCCAACUGGCCUGCCUAUCCUUCCGUUUCGCACUUCCUUGGGGACGGCUCCAAUCAAACCCCCCCUUGCCGUAUGAACAGACAAAAAUCCCUACCAAAAAAUUUUCCUGAAACUUUGUCCUCCUUAAAACAUACGCCUCAAGGUUUUUUCCUCUGUUAUUGCCGCCGAAUUCCUCGAAAACCCACCGGAAUUGAUUCCAGCACACGUCAAGCAUCGGAAGGGCGCUCCUUCGAUUGACCCUCCUGCAAGUUUGAUUCCUUUCUGGAAAUAUCAAGCUUUAGAAGAUGGAUGUACGCUUGAGGUGUAAAAGGCCGUCUUUGGACAGGACCGUAGCACUGGCGAUUCGGUUGAUAGCAGCAGCUACGUUGAUUCAGGCGAUUUGUUUACGUGCAGAUGAUACGAAUAAUGAAUUCAAUCCCUGCUCGGACGCCAAAAUGCAGAAGUCGGACGGGUUCACCUUCGGUCUGGCUUUCUCCAGCAAGGACUCGUUCUUCCAUGAGCAGGCGCAGCUCUCACCCUGCGACCGGCGCCUCAGCCUUGCAGGCUUCAAGGCACAGCUCGCGGUCUUCAGGCCAAAGGUGGACGAGAUCUCACUACUCACCAUCAAUAGCUCCACAUUUGACCCGGUUGCUUCGGGGGGAUAUAUGGUAGCAUUUUCGGGAAGUAAAUAUGCUGCAAGAUCGGCACCGAUAUUAGUUGCUGAUAACAGUCACACUAUAACAAGUUUCACUUUGGUACUCGAAUUUCAAAAGGGUACUCUCCAGAGCCUGUUCUGGAAGAAGUUCAGGUGCAACUCAUGCUCCGGACAGUCGGUCUGCCUCAGGGGCCAAGACUGCGCCAUCCCCAACUCCAAGUGCGGAGGCUCCGGAGGAUGCGACAUUGGCAUUCAAGUCGCCUUCUCGGGCACCGACAAAAACGAUGAUGUCCUCGACUCCUGGUACGAGGUCAAGAAUCUCCGGCAGUACUCUCUCUUCGGCCUGUAUUCCAAUCUCCGCGACAAGUUCAUAGGCACUUUCUAAGGGAGGUAUCGAUCCUGAGCAGAUUCGAUCAAAUUCAUAUCAACUGAAACCGAGAAACUCGAAUUAGUUUUCUGACAUUUUUCUAGUGAGCCAGCUCAAAGUUGUUCUAAGCCCCAAGCUGUUGCAGUCCGCAGAUGUGAUGAACUGAUCCAAAUAAUUACAGCUCCAGUGUAUCAGUUUAACAAAAAACUGUGAGAUCGAAUAAUGCAAAUUACUUUCCAAUUGCAUCGAUCGCGAGUCGAUAUUGCAGUUGGUCUUUACUUAAGUCAUGAGUGAUUCACACAACA